GUAUAUAUUCCCUCCGUCCCAGAGUAUUUGUCCACUUUCAUUUUUACACACCAUCCAAUACACUUCUUUAAUCCAUUUUAUCUUGUAAUUUGUAUAUUAAAAAAUUAUAGAAAUUAUAUAUUAAUAAUCUAUAUGUUAAGACAAAUCAAACAAGAUCACACAUGACUAUAUUUAGGCUUACACAUUGAGAGAACUUGAUGAGUCAAAAUGCUUAGAUGAACAGUUCCAAAAGUCAAAAGUGGACGAAUAUAGCAGGACGGAGGGAGUAUAUUAAGACAGUGGUCUUCUUCUUCUAUUGUCAAAAAGUUGCCAUUUUUCUCUCCCCAUGAAGAGCUGCAUCAUCAUCAUCAAGUGAUAAAUCAAAAGAAGGGGUUGUUUUCAUAGAUCUUUAAUUUGCUGAUGGGAGACCUUUAAGAAGAGAAUAAGUAUAACAAGGGAGUGGUAGAGAAGACAGCUUAACAGCAGAUGUUAUCCAUUGACAACCCUCCACCUGCAUCAGAUCUCACUUGUCAUCUUCCCCAGAUUAUAACCUCCUCUCCAUUGAAAACCAUUAAUGGUGGUGAUGAUGAAAAGCCUUCUUCUUCUUUUUCUUCUUAUACUUGUUCUGGUAAGCUUGUGGAGAAGGUAGAUCUGCCCCAGGCAGCCCUUGGUGAAAAAAACACCAGUAAUAUUCCCCCAUAUUUCUCCAUAAGGUAAAAGUUUAAUUAGCACAUAUAAGAAUUUACACACAGAAUCACACACUUUGAGUGUGUUUAUGUGUGUGUAAUCUUGGUCUAGAGUUACUUGAGACUUUUCCUGGGGGGUCAGAUCUAUAGUGGUUACUUUCAAGUUUCAACCAUUCCUUACUGUUACUGUGGGGCAUUUCUUCAAGAUCUAACUGAAAGCCACUCCUGUCUAAAUUUGGAGGAGCAAUUCCUAGUGGUUAUUUCAUGUGUAUGUUCAUAUUGAUGUCAUCCUCUUAGCCCAUUCCACCUUCUUUAUUCUUGAAUUCCCAUCCUUGGAGUUGUACCACUGUAGCAGUAUAUCAUCAUGUCCACAUGAAUUUUCUAGGAAAUUAAAUUAGUUUCUUCCCAAGAUUUGUUUUUUUUUCAUUUCUUUUCGACCCAAAGUUUACAUCUUUAAAUAUUUGUUUGCCUAUUAUCCCAAAUUAGAUGAAUAAUUAUACUUACUGUGUUGCAGGGAUUAUGUUUUGAGCAGCAGGAGCAAGAAUAUCAAGACCAACUGGCCUUUCUCUGAGAAAAGUUUAGAGCUUUGUUUGGAUCACGGCGUGAAGGAGCUCUUGCCACCUUUCCAUUCUGCAGACAAUUUGAGACGCGUGGUUGAAAAUACCUUGGCUGACAAACAGGAUAAUAUAAUUGUUUUGCACGACGAUCAAUCCACACCGUGUGAUAAUGAUUCCUUGCCUCCCACUUCUCACCAUACUGAAUCUGCUAACAUAAAUUCAAGUGGAACAGAAGGAGAUAAAGUUGUUCCUUGUUCAGUUAUUGAUUCUGUCCCGGCGAUUAAGAGUUCUUGUUUGGAAUUUGGAACUAAAGCUAUAGGACCAAACAAGGUCCUCUCAGGUAAGAAGAGCAGCUUAACAGCCAAACUGAGCAGCAUCACAGAAGAAGAAACUAAAACAAGUAAUCUUGCAAUUUCGGAAUCAAUGGCUUCAAAAACAUGCCCGGUUUGCAAGAAUUUUUCAUCAUCUUCAAACACCACUUUAAAUGCUCACAUUGAUCGGUGUCUUUCUGGCGAGCCCAAGACAGUGAAGUGGGCUUCGUCUUCAAAUUGUGAAGCUAGCAAGAAAAGGAUGAGGCCCAGGAAAACAAGACUCAUGACAGACAUCUAUGCGACUGCUCAAUACUGCACCUUGGAGGAUCUUGACAGAAGAAAUGGAACAACUCUUGCAGUUCGUCCGAGCUUUUCUGCACCAGAGAUGGAUGAGUGUGGUGAUGAUAACAAUGACAAAUCAUCACCGGUUGAUAUAGAGAAAACGUGUGACGAAGGGGAAGUUUAUAUUGAUGCCAAUGGGACUAAGCUUCGGGUACUAUCAAAGUUGAAUGAUGGAAAAGCCACUUGCUCAAAGAAAUUUACAAAAGGUGAUAAAGGGUCCAAAUUCCUUUCCACCAAUAAGAAAAAGAUGAAGAAACAUCCGAACAAUUCCCAAAAACAACUCAAGAUUAUGACGUCUGCUGCACAAAACAAAAAUGUUUGCUCUCGCAGUCCACAUAUUUCAGAGAAGAGGGGAAGUGUUCAAGAGGGAAGCUUUGUUCGAAAGCAAAUUACUCGGAAAGAGCAAUGUCCAACCCAGCACAUCAGAUCUCAAGAUAACAACAAGAUGGGGAAUGAACACCUCAGCAACUCAUAUGCGAACCGGAGCUGUUCUUCAAGAAACCUAAACUCGCCCUUAGAGACAGCUCGUUUACCCAAAAGCCGCAAGAGAUUGGAAGAUUUGGAAUGCGAGUUGAGUGAUGAUCACAACGAGCAGCUUUAUUUGAAAAAGAAAGCGAGCUUUCCAAUGCUCGGUAGAUACACAGUGCCAAGAAAGGGCAAAAAAGCAAAACUUUCAAAAGCAUAUGACCACCCUUCAGCCCAUUACAGUGGUGGGAUCACCAAGAAUGAUAAUCCCACUGUCCAUAGUAAACCAUCUAUCUACACUCAUCAUCAUGCAUUCUCAUCAAAAGCCAAGAAGUUCUCAUCUCUAAGGAAACUGAAAGGAGCUGUGAGAUCUCAAGUCCCUUGUGUUCCUAUGUCUCGUGCAGAUGAUAAACAGUAUGAUUCUGCAGAAGACCAGAUUGAUGAACAUCAACCGACACGGGAUGCCAAGAAAGCCAGGAUUUUGAGGACCAGAAAGGAGGAAUGUGAGAAGGAUUGCGGUCGUGAUAUUGGGAGGGAUAAUGAGAAUAAUAAUGAUAACAGUUCUACCUUCAGCUUUGGUAGUGUUUCAUCAUCAGGCGAGUCUGAUGAUGAACCCGAUGAAAUGGGCCCCACCCCAGAGUUGUAUGCCAGGAAAAAGUUCAUGGAUUUUAGCAAACAUGGGGCAUCUGGAACUGAUGAUGAUAGCUUGGAUUUGCAUGCAGAUCACUCGCCACUAUUUGGUGAUGAAGAACACUUCAAAAGGCCUUUUAUUUGUGAUCAAGAUGAGAUUUUUUGUGAUGUUGGCAAGACUACUAGUGCUGAUGAAUUCCAAGGGGGGUAUUGUGGUCAUCUUGAGGUAGACUCGAUUCCUAUACCGGGCCCACCGGGGUCCUUUAUACCGAGUCCCGGUCGCACUUGCUCAGGAGAAAGGUUAGAAGAAGAAGAAGAAGAUCUUCAUCAGGCUGCAUAUUCAUCACUGGCAAGCAGCAGACUUUAUCAGUCUUCUUCAGAGGAGACUUCUCCUGUUUCUGCUACUACCACACUCUCCAACUUCACCAGGUCCUCGGACAAGCCAGCGAGCCGAAACCCAUGGCUGUAUUCCACCACUGAAGACAACAAAUCCACCCUGUCCAACGACAGCAUUGAUCAUCGUCAUCAUCAUCUUCACACUUUGCCGAUGAUGAGCUGUCAAGACCCGCCACAGCUUUCCCAGCCUGCCACUGCUAAUACCACCCCACCGAUCCCCGUGGGUCCCACACGCCUUGAGAAAAACUCACAUCUCUACAAACUCUCUGUUGACACUGAUCAUCAUCAUCAUCAUCAGGUACUCAACAAGGUCCCGGCGGGACGCGCUGAGUCAGCAAGUCCAUCAUCCGCGUGCAAGCCCGUCAUCAGGCUGAUGGGGAAGGACGUGUCGGUGGACCCCACAGACUGCGACGAGAGCGUGUCCCCGCAGGCAAAUCCGCCCCCACCAUCCCAAACAAGCUUCGUCGCGAAGAAGCCAUACUUUCAGGCCAGAGAUCCUCAAGUGUUGUUCUACAAGCCACAUGAAGAUACUAAUAAUAGCAACCAAAGAAUCUGGCUGCAUUCGUCGGGCUAUGACGUGCCAGUAACGAGCCACGGAGGUGUAUUUCGCUAUAAUAAUGAUCGCCGCCAGUUGGAAUCUUUUGGAGUGAACGCCGCCACCGCAGCCCGCGGUGGGGCCCCCCCUCUAAUGUUUCCUCCUCCAUAUUCUACCGGCCGGAACCUUCUACCAUCUUCUUCUUCUUCUUCUUUAUCAGCAUACUACACUACUUCUGGAUUCUCAUCAUGAUCACAUGAGUUAAGGUGCAUGGCAUGGGGGCAUAAAAUGUUACAUAAAUAUAUAUAGGUCUGACUAAACUAAAGAAAGAGAAAACAAACACAUGAGCAGAUCCUAAUGGAACAUACUCCUGAUUAAUUAUGCUCUUUUGCAUAGUGUUGUUGUUAUGUAUUAUCAGUAAUAAUCAAUAUAAAUUCUCUUUUAUAUAAUAUGAGUUAACAUAUUCGAGUAAUAAUAAUAUUUUGGUUAAGAAAAACUUUUCAUUCCU